AUGCCUGGCAUGUCCGAUGCAGCUCCCGGACAGCCCGAUGGGUGGUGUCACACGGAGGCGCCCUUCGAGGUAGUGGGGAUAGCCUCACCAAGGGUCCUGGUUCGUACGCACAGGGUCGGCAUCAACCCUGUGGAGCCAAGCCUUCAAGUGGGGGCUACCAAUCGGGCCAACGGCGGUGACGGGCCUCCGGCACGGACCACCUAA